ACCAACUUUCUAUAAUUAUUCCAAUGACCAUAGAAUUCACACAUUGGGCAAAUGGCUCUUUCCAAGAAUGAAAAAAGAAAAAGUCUACUACUAGUCUUCUCACUUGAAUCAUUUCUACUAGUUUUGUUACUGUUUUCAAUUAUUACAUCUUCAUUAUCUGAGAUCUUCUUUGAAGAACAAUUUGAUGAUGAUUGGCAGAGCAGAUGGGUGAAGUCUGACUGGAAAAGGAGUGAAGGGAAAGCAGGCUCCUUUAAGCAUACAGCUGGGAAAUGGGCUGGUGAUCCUGAUGAUAAAGGUAUUCAGACGUCAAGUGAUGCCAAACAUUUCGCCAUCUCUGCUAAGAUACCAGAAUUUAGUAACAAGAAUAGAACAUUGGUUGUACAGUACUCUAUAAAGCUUGAGCAAGACAUUGAAUGUGGUGGAGGUUACAUAAAGCUUCUCUCUGGAUAUGUCAACCAGAAGAAAUUCGGGGGAGACACUCCUUACAGUAUGAUGUUUGGACCGGAUAUCUGUGGUACACAGACUAAGAAACUUCAUGUUAUACUUUCCUACCAAGGCCAGAAUUAUCCAAUCAAAAAGGAUCUACAAUGUGAAACAGACAAAUUAACCCAUUUCUACACAUUCAUUCUUAGACCUGAUGCAUCGUACAGCAUCUGGAUUGAUGGCAGAGAAAGGGAUUCUGGAAGCAUGUAUACAGACUGGGAUAUCUUUCCUCCUCGAAAAAUUAAAGAUGUAAAUGCGAAAAAGCCUGCAGAUUGGGAUGAUAGAGAAUAUAUAGAGGAUCCAAAUGAGGUUCAACCAGAGGGAUAUGAAUCUAUUCCAAGAGAGAUCCCUAACCCAAAAGCUAAAAAGCCUGAUCACUGGGAUGAUGAAGAGGAUGGCAUCUGGAGACCACCAAAAAUUCCUAAUCCAGCAUAUAAGGGUCCAUGGAAACGAAAGAAAGUAAAGAACCCUAACUAUAAAGGUAAAUGGAAGACCCCUUGGAUCGACAAUCCAGAAUUUGAAGAUGAUCCUGAUCUCUAUGUGCUGAGGCCUAUCAAACAUGUUGGAAUCGAAGUUUGGCAGGUCAAAGCAGGUUCUCUAUUUGACAACAUACUGAUAUGCGAUGAACCCGAUUAUGCAAAGAAAGUGAUUGAGGAAGUCUUUGCUAAUAGGGAGGCUGAAAAGGAGGCUUUUGAGGAGGCAGAGAAAGUGAGAAAAGCAAAAGAGGAAGAGGAAGCCCAAAGAGCAAGAGAAGAAGGUGAAAGGAGGAGAAGAGAAAGAGAUAGAGAUAGGGGUAGGGACAGGCACAGAGAUAGAAACAAGAGGCGCUAUCGCCGUGAUUAUGAUGAUGACUAUCAUGAUGAACUUUGACUUGGUGUUAAAGGCCACACUACAUCUUCCAUUGUUGAGACAGAAAUAUGGUUCCAUUCAUUUGGGCUUUGUGUGUUCUUCCUGUUGUAUUUUACUCUUAACAUCAACUUUAUUUUUGCAUAAUGCAAUGUGUUGGGCUUAAGACAAGACAGAUUGUACUAUUUCCAUCUUAUUUAGCUUUUUUGGCAAAGCAAAACAUGGCUCAAUAUUUGAAAAUCCAAUUAAUAAUGUAAAAUCCAGUUGAUUCUCGA